AUGUCUGCUGAGACCACCUCCACCAAGUCACCUGCUGUGCUGACAGAGGCCAACUACUCUACCUGGAAAGGAGAGAUGAAGGCCUAUCUGCGCACCAAGGGACUCUGGCUGCUUGUCUCUGGCAAGGAGACUUGCCCUCCAGCCUCUCUGGCGGAGGAGCAAGCCAAGUGGGAUCAGAAGCAGGACAAGGCUGCAGGUGAACUGUUUCUUCACUGCUCUGCAGACCAAAGGCUGCAUUUUGAGGACGUUCAGGACAACCCUGUCAAGAUCUGGACCACCCUCGAGUCUACCCACGUCCAGCAGCUCCCUGCUACGCGUUUCAAUGCCUGGGACAACUUCUUCACCAUUAGGAAGCGCCCUGAUGAGUCCCUGAGCACCCUUAUUGCCAGGAUUGAGGAGGGCAUGGCCAAGAUCCAAAGACUGCACCCUCAGGACUCUAGUAAGCCCUACAACUAUGCCCAAUUCACAUCUAGCCUGAUCCUCCUCAAGUCCUUGGAUAAGAAGGAGCUCAAGGCUGCCUUCCUUGCUGAGGAAAUUGUUAGUUUGUAA